AAUAAUAAUAUCCAUCUUCUUCCGCUUUCAGCGUCCUCCAAGAAUCUAACUCCGCUCGUUUUUCACAUCUUCUUAUUACACUCCAACCGUUUUUUAUUAUUUCAGUUUACUCCAAACCUAUUUUAAUUAUUUUCAGUUUACUUCAACCUCUUUUUAAUUCAAUUCUGUUUAGUAUAUAAGAGUGUCGGCACAGCAACCUCAUCCUUAAUUAUCUCAACCAACAAAUGGGGAGUCCUCCUGCGAAGAAAGUCCUGCUCACCUCCAAUGGUGACGAGAUUUCACAGAGCAUCUCCUUCUCUCUGGCCCAACGCGGCUGCAGGUUGGUGUUGAUGGGGAAGGAGAGCUGCCUACGGGGUAUUGUGCAGAAAAUAACGGGCUCACUGGAGGGUGCGGUGGCGCCGGUGGAGGUGGUGGACGUGGACAUGGAGGACGAGACGGAGGGAAUUUUUGAUGAGGCGGUGGAGAAGGCAUGCAGCAUCUUGGGCAAUUUGGAUGCAUUUGUGCAUUGCUAUACUUACGAAGGAAAAAUGCAAGACCAGCUGCAAUUAGCUGAAGGUGAAUUCAAAAAGAUAAUGAAGAUUAACUUUAUGUCUGCAUGGUUUCUGUUAAACGCUGUUGGCAGAAGAAUGCGAGAUUACAAGUCAGGAGGUUCAAUCGUGUUCUUGACCUCGAUAAUUGGAGCCGAAAGAGGGCUUUAUCCAGGAGCUGCUGCUUAUAGUGCAUGUUCGGCAGGCCUUCAGCAGUUAGCUAGGACGUCAGCCCUGGAGAUUGGACGAUACCAGAUUAGGGUCAAUGCUAUUGCCCGUGGUUUGCAUCUACAAGACGAAUUUCCAAUUUCUGUGGGAAUAGAGAGAGCAAAGAAGCAGGUGAUGGAGGCAGCUCCAUUGGGGAGAUGGCUUGAUGUUAAAAAUGAUCUGGCUUCAACUGUCAUAUAUUUAAUCAGCGAUGGGUCACGGUACAUGACAGGCACAACAAUAUUUGUGGAUGGAGCACAGUCUCUAACUAGGCCUCGGAUGCGUUCUUUUAUGUGAUUCUUCUCCUUUUUUUUCCUAGUGAGGUAAUGUAAUGUGAUCCAUUCAAAAUUUCGCGAUUCAUAUGGAACAGAGUGAAAAAAUACUACAUUUGAAUUGUGGAUUGUAAGGGCUGGUUUGGUAUUUCUGUACUUUGAAAAAAACUGUUUCUGCUAUGAUGUGAAAAUAAACUCAUUUUUGUUACUUCA